AGUUUGACUCUCCUGUUGCAUGAACAUGAACCCUCGGACAAAUACAGCGCAGUGAUUUCACUCUCACCAGCAGGAUGGAUCCAAUAACAGACCGAGACGAGGACGUGAUUUCUACACAAAGGAUUUAAAAUAGAUUUAUCUUUUCUCAGUGUUAGUAUCACUGUGGCUUUGCGUUGAAGUCAUGGUUAAUGGGAGGAAGUUGGCCGAGGAGACGGCGAUGCCUUCUGUGCUGGAAGACGAUGACGCAGGAGCAGAAAGUGAGAAGCUGCAGCUGGGGGAGCCGAGAGCGAGCCGGACAGAGGUCGGCGUGCGUGGGCCGGAGGACGGACCCUCGAACCUCGAUGGGAAUGAUCAAGACAGAGGUGAAGGAGAGGGUGAAGAGGAAGACGAGGAGGAGGAGGAGCUGGGAGGAGAAGAGCCUGUGAUCUCUGAUGAGGACUACGACACAGAUUUGGAGCUCGGAGGUAGGGAGGAGGCGUACGACCCCUCGGGGCAGGCGCGCUACAUGGAGGCAUGUGACAAGUUGCAGGUGGUGCCCGCCUCUUACUUCCUGCGACACGUGAAAGACAGUGAGCUGAACAUGAUGCAUCGUGGCCUCGGGCCUCAGGGCGCCAAGGCACUGGCGGUUCCCCUGGUAACCAACACUUCAAUACUGAGACUGAACCUGCGAGAUAAUUGGAUGGGAGGACUGGGCGGAGCUGCCAUCGCCGAGAUGUUAAAGGAAAAUUGUUACAUUACAGACGCGGACCUAUCCAACAACAAUCUGGGGGAUUACGGGGCCAGAGCGGUAGCCGGCAUGCUGAAGGAGAACAGCACCCUGGUGCGGCUCAACCUGUCAGGAAACCACUUCACAGACCGCGCCGCUGAAUUCCUCGGCCCGGCUCUCGUCACCAACGCCAAGCUGCAGCACCUCGACCUGAGCCACAACGCUCUGAGGGAGCAGGCAGGUACAGGACAAAUCCUGGGAGAAGCUCUGUCAGAGAACACGGGGUUGAGAUCGAUCAGUCUGGCCUGGAACAGCAUCCGAGGCAGAGGAGCUGUGCUGUUGGCCGACGGCCUCGGGGGGAACAUUUCACUCAGAGCAGUGGAUCUGUCAUUUAAUGGCUUCGGUAAAGAAGGAGCUGUUGCUCUGGGGCAGGCCCUGAAGGAGAACAACGUGUUGGAGGAGCUGAAUGUGAGUAACAACCGAAUACCCCCGGAAGGAGCCGUCCGCCUCGCCGCCGGCCUCAAAGUAAACAAGACAAUCAAGUCCCUGAAUAUGAGCAGGAACCCCAUCCAGAACGCUGGCUGCUAUGGGAUCCUCAAGUCUCUGCUGGAAAACAAAGAUUCAGCCAUGGAGGCUUUAGACUUUGCAAGCAUCAUCGUGAACAAGGAUUUUGAAGAGUUGCAUGCAAAAGCAAAAGAUAUUCUCCCUGCGCUUACAAUAAACCACGGGGGCAGAAUUGGCACGUUCGGAACAGCGAAAACUUGAGAAGUGUUACGGUAAUUGCGAAACUCUUUUAAUGCUAGCGAAGAUGGAAGAAGUCUUGUCAAAGCCCCGUGGAUGAUUUCCUCAACACGUGAACAGAAGGAUGGGUGCCUGCGAGGACAUCAUAUAUAAAAAAUUAGUAAAAAUGUAUUUGGCAUAAAUUAAACUAGUUAAAUACCCAAUCUAAUGAAAAUGUAGUUAAAUCCCAGGUUUGUUUAUUCUCUAAAAGAAUCGGUACAUACACACCUUUUGUGCCGCUACUUGAAAUAUGGAGAGUCAUUGAACAUGUGCAUAUAAUACAGGUAUUGAGUUUGAAUCCUUUUAGGUACGAUCAGAUUGGAUGUUAUGUAAUGCCAGUGGGCAGAAUGAUGGAGAGGAUCAGAGAGCGCUGCAUUGUGUAUGAAAAGAACUGAAAGUGGGUUGCACAAAAAGGAUUUAAGUACUGCAUGACUCGUCUAAUAGAGAAACCAGCUCCGAAAGAAAGUGCCGCUGUUAGAUAAGAGACCUGUUCGCAUCAGCAAGACGAGUCAAAACACUGUUAGACAAAGUAAGCUGGGAUUUGGUGAUGUAUUCCUCCCACAAACACAUACACACCAUUAUAUUUCAUAUUAUUUAUUUUUUUUUAAACUGGUAAUUAUUACAAUUAUACUUCUUUUGGCCUGGGUAGAGUCUUUAAAUACAGAGAUGUAGAAAUUAAAUUUUAAAUUUUGUGUCGAGAUACUUAACACAUUAUUGUCUAAUUAUCUUUUUUUGAAGGCUGACGUUUUAUUAGUUUAAACAAAUGAACAACAGUCAAGCAACUGACCUGCUGCAGAAUUAUACUUAAAUAUUAUCGUAAUAAAUCAGUUUAUAAAUUCA